UCUUUUCUUAUCCACUCCAUCCACCCGCUUGAGUUCUAUUAUCUUUUCAUUUUUAUUGGAGACUACAAAACAUCUGGACGUUCUGUACAAUUUAAGUACACAAAAAAAUAUGUGAUUCGUAACUCGUAACAAGAAAAAGACAGAGAUAAAAUGCAGUUCGCUAUCAUAAUAGCUCUCCUCGCAAACCUUUUGGUCACCGGCAUGAACGCUGACGACAAACCAAAGAACGUGCUUCUCAUAGUUGCCGAUGAUGGAGGAUUCCAAAUGGGCGCAUACAACAGCAUGUGCAUCACGGAAAAUUUGGAUAAGCUCGCAAAAAAGAGUUUAAUAUUUGAUAACGCUUUUACUGCAGUCAGCAGCUGCUCUCCUAGUCGAUCAUCGAUUUUAACUGGUCAACCAAACCACCAAAAUGGAAUGUAUGGCUUGCACCAAGGUGUGCACCAUUUCCAAUCCUUUGACGAGAUCCAGAGCUUGCCAAAAAUACUGACAAAGAAAGGCGUGAGGACAGGAAUAAUAGGAAAAAAGCACGUUGGACCAGCAGAAGUUUACCCCUUUGAUUUUGCCUAUACCGAAGAAAACCAUUCAAUUUUGCAAGUCGGAAGAAAUAUCACAAAAAUCAAGCUCUUGGUGAAGGAGUUUUUGUCCCAGAGCAAAGAGAAGCCGUUCUUCUUGUAUGUGGCGUUCCACGAUCCUCACCGCUGUGGGCACACGAAUCCAGAGUACGGACAAUUCUGCGAAAAGUUUGGAAACGGGGAGUCAGGAAUGGGAGUGAUCCAGGACUGGAAUCCGAUUUAUUACCAACCAGACGAAAUAACACCACCUGACUUGCCGUAUUUCAUUCCGUUCACGCGCGCAGCCCAAGAAGAUGUUGCUGCUCAGUUUACAACAAUGUCAAGAUUAGAUCAAGGAGUUGGACUGAUCUUGAAGGAAUUGCAGAAUGCUGGAGUCGCAGACAGUACGUUAGUGAUGUACACUUCAGAUAAUGGAAUCCCCUUCCCAAGUGGGCGCACAAAUUUAUAUGAUCCUGGACUUGCUGAGCCCCUUUUGAUUCAUUCUCCUUUCAACAAGAAACGCCAGGGACAGGUGACUUACUCUAUGACCUCAUUACUGGACGUAACACCAACAAUCCUCGACUGGUUUGGAGUAGAAAAACCAGCGAGUUUGACAGGAAGAUCACUCCUGCCCCUUUUAAUCAAGGAACCUCAAGACAACAGGCCAAUUUUCGCAAGUCACACUCACCACGAGGUCACCAUGUAUUAUCCCAUGAGGGCGAUUAGGACUAAGCGGUACAAGCUCAUACACAACUUGAAUUUCAUGAUGCCGUUCCCAAUUGAUCAGGAUUUUUUCGUGUCCCAAACAUUCCAGGACAUGCUGAAUAGGACGAAAAAUAAGGAACCAUUAAACUGGUACAAGACACUGAAAAAAUAUUACUAUAGACCUGAGUGGGAAAUGUUUGACCUGCGCGAGGAUCCAGAAGAGACCCUGAAUGUGAUCAGCAAAAAAUCUUACAAGAAAAUAUUUGAAGACUUAAAAACCCAACUGUGGCAAUGGCAAAAUACAACUGGAGACCCCUGGAUUUGCGCACCAGGAGCAGUUUUGGAAAAUGCUGGUGGAUACAAACACCAGCCAGCUUGUCUCUCCGCUGGAUAUUUCAACGAUUUAUAAUAAAAUAUCACUUUUAAAA